AUGCUGAGCGAGUCUCGCGAUUCAAAUUUCCGCACACUGAAUUCUUCCAGAAUCUCCCAGUAUAUUAGGUGUGCAUUAGAUGAAGAGCGCUCUUGCCAUUUUAUCUGCGCCCAUUGUUGCCAUAAUCGCAAUCCUGUUCUCGAAACAGGUCCAUCAGUUAUAUCGCGCAGCAUUGAACACCAUACUUCCCACAGACCUUAAAACGCCUGUUCGGACUGCAUGACUUCUACUGCUACCUUCUCUAUUAAGAACAUCAUGCCAAAGCUUUCUCACGCUACCAUUGUCCCGCGUCGGUCCAGCGAGCGCGGCCAUGCUGAUCAUGGUUGGUUGAACUCAUACCACACAUUCAGCUUCGCUAGCUACUAUGAUCCUCGAUUUGAACGAUUCGGUAGCCUGCGUGUCCUGAACGAAGACCGAGUGGCGCCCAGGACAGGUUUCCCGACACACCCCCAUCGCGAUGCCGAAAUCUUCAGUUAUAUCCUGUCGGGAGAACUCACGCAUCGGGACAGCAUGGUUAAGAAAGGCGCAGAGGGGGCACAAGGGAAGGACUUUUAUCGGAUGAAGAGAGGCGACGUGCAAUUCACCACUGGUGGAACAGGCAUCGCUCACUCCGAGAUGAACGAGCACCUAACCGAGCAUGUACACUUUCUUCAGAUCUGGGCUCUCCCGUGGAAGCGUGGCCUGAAGCCGCAAUAUCACACUAAGACAUUUGACGAAGCUGCGAAGCGAAAAGGCUUCCUUCCCAUCCUGUCUCCGCUGGCAGCUGGGCCGAAUGCCUCUGGAGCUGAAGAAGAAGCUGCGACCCCUACUAUUCCUGAGACGAUCCCAAUCCAUGCCGACUUCGUGAUGGGUGCUGGUUUGAUUCCUGUCGGCCAGCGAUUCAAGUGGACUGUCGGUGGACCUCAUGAGAAUUCCACUACCACUGCAAGCAACCGGAAUGUAUAUGUGCACGUACCUAUGACCAAGGGCGGAAAUGCUAAGGUUAGAUUGGAUGGACGAGAAAACAAAGUGCUGUCCGAGGGCGAUGGGGCGUUCAUCAGCAAAGUGAACAAGGGUGAUGAACUGAGCGUCGAAAGUAUUGGUGAAGCAGAGGCAGAGGUCGUUAUUUUGGAUAGCGAUUAGAUUAUCUCCUAGAAGUCCUUAUGUACCUAAUAAUAUCUUAAUUCUGCUUCGUUUUCGCAAUAUAGG